AUGAAGCAGAGCUGGGGACCAGGGCUGCUCAUCCUGGGAGCCGUGGUCCUCAUGGAGGGUCUCCAAGCAGCUCAGCGUGCCUGUGGGCAACGUGGCCCUGGCCCCCCUGACCCUCAGGAAGGCAACACAGGGCCCGGCGAGUGGCCAUGGCAGGCCAGUGUGCGGAGGCAGGGGGUCCACGUGUGCAGUGGCUCCCUGGUGGCGGACAGCUGGGUCCUCACUGCUGCCCACUGCUUUGAAAAAGCGGCAGUGACAGAGCUGAGCUCCUGGUCCGUUGUUCUGGGCUCUCUACAGCGUGAGGGGCUGAGCCCUGGGGCUGAGGAGGUCGGGGUGACAUCUCUGCAGCUUCCCAGGGCCUACAACCACUACAGCCAGGGCUCAGACCUGGCCCUGCUCCGGCUCGCUCACCCCACAGCCCACACACCCCUCUGCCUGCCCGGACCUGCCCAUCGCUUCCCCUUUGGGGCCUCUUGCUGGGCCACAGGCUGGGAUCAGGACAUUAAUGAUGCUCCCAGGACCCUACGGAACCUGCGCCUGAGUCUAAUCAGCCGCCCCACGUGUAACUGUCUCUACAACAGGCUGCACCAGCGGCUGCUGGCCAGCCCAGCCCGGCCUGGGAUGCUGUGUGGGGGUGCCCAGCCUGGGGUGCAGGGGCCCUGCCAGGGAGAUUCUGGGGGCCCGGUGCUGUGCCGUGAGCCCGAUGGACACUGGGUUCAGGCUGGGAUCAUCAGCUUCACAUCCAGCUGUGCCCAGGAAGACACUCCUGUGCUGCUGACGGACACGGCCGCCCACAGCUCCUGGCUGCAGGCUCGCGCAGGCGGCGCGGCCUUUCUGGCCCAGAACCCGGAGGCCGAGCCCAUCAGUGACGCGGACAGCUGUGUAGCUUGCGGAUCCUUGAGGGGAGAAGGCCCGCAGGCAGAGGCCCCCUCCGCAUGGCCCUGGGAUGCCCGGCUGAAGCACCAGGGGAAGCUGGCCUGUGGCGGAGCCCUGGUGUCGGAGGAAGUGGUGCUGACUGCUGCCCACUGCUUCAUUGGGCGGCAGAGCCCAGAGGAGUGGAGCGUAAGGCUGGCGGCCGGACCAGAGGAACACAGCCUAAAGCAGCUCAUCCUGCAUGGGGCUUACACCCACCCCGAGGGGGGCUACGAUGUGGCCCUCCUGCUGCUGGCCCGGCCUGUGACAUUAGGCCCCAGCCUGCGGCCCCUCUGCCUGCCCUACGCGGACCAUCGCCUGCCUGAAGGGGAACGUGGCUGGGUCUUGGGGCUGGCCCACCAAGGAGCAGGCACCAGCUCCCCUCAGACAGUGCCCGUCACCCUCCUGGGGCCUAGGGCCUGCAGCCGGCUGCAUAGAGCGCUUGGGAGCGACGGCAUCCCCAUUCUGCCAGGGAUGGUGUGUACCAGUGUUGUGGGUGAGCCGCCCCGCUGUGAGGGCCUGUCGGGGGCACCACUGGUGUACGAGGUGAGGGGCACAUGGUUCCUAGCGGGGCUGCACAGCUUUGGAGAUGCUUGCCGAGGCCCCACUCAGCCUGCAGCCUUCACAGCGCUCCCCACCUACGAGAGCUGGGUCAGCAGUUUGGACUGGCAGGUCUACUUCGCCGAGGAGCCCGAGCCCGAGCCCGAACCCGAGCCAGAAAGCUGCCCGGCCAACAUGAGCCAACCAGCCGACUGCUGA